AUGGAGUCGUCAUCACAUGCCGGCCAGAAGCGUAAAGCUGCCGACGCGAGCUCCGACGAAGAUACACGGCCAAUCUCCGGUUUUCGGGGUUUCGCCAGAGCUGCCUCUGGGUCCGAGUCGCCGCCGACUAUGAGUGGCGGUCUUGGUAGCGCAUCUCACAACAAUCGAAACAACAUGGCCAACUCAGGAGGGUCAUCACGCGGAGGAGGGAGAGGAGGAGGAAGGGGAGGCGGAGCAAAUAGUUUUGCUGCGCGCAUGAUGGCAAAGAUGGGUUACAAAGAGGGCCAGGGUCUUGGAACCACGGGCCAGGGUAUCAUGAACCCGAUUGAAGUCCAGGCGCGACCACAAGGUGCCGGUUUGGGCGCCGUCAGCGAGAAGUCCAAAAAGACCCGCGAGGAAGAGCGCCGAGUCGCUGCACAGAAGGGUGAGGUUCUCGAAGACAGCUCUGAGGAUGAACGACGACGACGACGCAAGAAGAAGGAGGAUCGCAAGACACAGAGCCGGAGUGGCACCGGGACACCCAUCCAGCGCGCGAAGCCAAAAUUCCGCACCGCACGCGAAAUGGAGGAUGAUAUGAAGGGACUCGAAGUGCCCAAUGUUCUCAAAUCUCUGGUGGAUGCUACUGGACGGGAGCAGCGCGUGCUCACCUCCACUGCUGGUCUGAUGUCGACGCAACAGUUUGUCACGCAAGAGGAAGGUGAAGCGCACAAGAUUGCUCAAAGAGCUCGGAACGACCUUGAAGCCUUUGCAGACGAAUGGAAGGGUCUGACUGAGAGAAAGAAAUUCAUUGAACUCGAAGAGGCUCAGGUGGUGGAGGAAUUGGACGCAUACCAGGCCCGGGUCAACCAUCUGACGGGUCUGAUCGCUGCGGUGGAAGAGUUGGACAUCUUUGAGAACGAGGAAAGCAUUUCGGCCAAGUUUGAUGAAAUGACCACUAAGCUUGAAGCUCUGGAGAGCCAAUAUCGAGAUGCCGUCGAUGAACACCGACUCCCCGAGACGGCAGUCGCAGCCUUGCAUCCACUGUUCCGCCAGGCAAUGGAAGAGUGGGAGCCUCUUGAAGAUCCUACGUUCCUUGUAUCCCAUCUUACCCGCCUUCAGCCACUCUUGUCUCGUCGUCAGAACAACGAGCUCGAUGAGCCCCGCAAGCGGUCAUCCACAUCACCUUACGAAACGAUGAUCUACACCCUUUGGCUACCGCGGGUGCGCUCCGCGCUUUUGAAUGAUUGGGAUGUCUACGAUCCCUCCAAGGCCACCGCGCUGGUCGCGGCCUGGAAGGCGAUUGUGCCGCCAUUUGUCUAUGCGAAUGUUCUGGAUCAACUGGUCGUUCCUAAGGUGGGCUUGGCUCUCAAGCAGUGGAAGCCUCGCAGCAGUCGACGACAUGCCGGUUCUGAACAGGAUGGAAAGUUCCCGUGGUGGCUGUUCACGUGGCUUCCAUACCUUGAUGAACGACACACCAACCCGAGACAGCCGACUGGUCUCAUGUCCGACGCGAAGCGGAAAUUCCGGUCGGUCCUCGAUACAUGGAGCCUGCGCAAGGGGCUGAUUGAUCGCAUUGAGAUCUGGCGGGAUGCGCUGGGGUCUGAGUUUGACGUCUGUCUACGCAACCAUUUACUCCCGCGCCUUGCGCGUCACCUCCGGGAGGACUUUACUGUGAACCCGCAGGACCAAGAUCUUACGGCUCUCGAGGAUGUUUUGCGCUGGAAGGCCUUCUUCAAACCAAACAUAAUGGGUCUCUUGCUGAUCUCCGACUUCUUCCCGAAGUGGCAUGAGAUUUUGUACAUCUGGCUCACCAACGAUCCCAACUACGAGGAAGUCGGUGCUUGGUUCUCGUGGUGGCGCACUCAGAUACCCGCGGAGGUCAACGAGCUCACUCUCGUUGAUGAAGAGUGGAACAAGGGCUUACAGACUAUGGAUCUUGCUUCGCAGCUCGGCGAUCGUGCUGCCGCCGAACUCCCACGCCCUGCCACAGCUCAGACCACGCUUCCUACACGGGAAGAGAAGGUGGCUGCUGCUACAGCAGCAGCAGCUCCCAUCGAAACUAAGAUCAAGGCGCCGGUCGUGGAAGAGGUUGCCUUCAAGGACAUCCUCGAAGCUUGGUGCAUGGACCAAGGACUCAUCAUGCUGCCACUGCGCGAGGCUCACCCGCAGAACGGUCAGCCGCUUUUCCGCAUCACGGCCAGUGCUACGGGCAAGGGCGGUGUUGUGGCAUUCGUCCAGGGCGACGUGGUCUGGGUGCAAAAUAAGAAAGCCAAGGAAAUCUGGGAGCCAAUGGGGCUAGAGGAAAAGCUGGUGGAGCGGGCAGAGGGGAAGUAG